CAUACAUUCCCCAUAGGGGCGAUUGCAGAACAACAAUCAGACGCUGCAGUAAGAUUUACCACCGGCCACCAAGUGCACCGUCAGUUCUUUUCCCGCACAGGACCAGGUAGAAGAAUCAACCAACCGACUACGACUCAUCGCGAGCAGUUGGCCAAAGGAUCCCUGAAAAAUAAAAUCGUCAAACGAUCAGCAAAUAAAGACUACAGAAGACACAUCCAGAAAUGCAGCAGCAGGCACAUCCAGGAAUGCAGCAGCAGGCACAUCCAGGAAUGCAGCAACAGGCACAUCCAGGACUGCAGCAGCAGGCACAUGGAUAUCCAGGAAUGCAGCAACAGCCAACCGUUGUUGUUGGCGCCCCAAUGCAGCCAUUGGCGAUUACCCAGCGCGAAAAGCCGAAUGACCACAGGGGCAUGAUCAGCUUCACUCUCCUUUGCUGCUGCUGUCCAGUCAGCAUGUUCGCCUGGUAUUAUUCCACGCAGGUGAAUUCGAGAUGGGAGGCAGGUGACGUGGAAGGCGCUGAGAAGGCCUCCAGGAACGCCGGCCGCCUGUGGAAGAUCUCCAUCGGUGUCGGCUUAAUCUUCAUUCCCGUGAUCCUCCUUCUGUACUUUCUUGUCAUCAGUCCAGUCAAUUAACUGCGGGGGGCAAAUUUCGCUAAGGCCUAGGAAAAUCUCGCCGAUUCUUGUCUUUAAAGUCAACCACUGGGAAGAACAUAAAAAUUUCAAUCGAACACAGCUGAAUUCUUAAACUUCUUAAACGUUACUUCACGCAUUUGCUGAAGCACUUUUUUUAGUAAAUCGAGUGAAAUAUUUGUCAAUUCCCCGCAAGCGACCCGGCAGUGGCGCGUCCUGGAGACAGCCCUGGUACAUUAAGCACUUCAGUUUUCCAUUAACUGUUUUUGUGGAUCACUUCAGCGGAAAUCUAAGCAAAAUAAAUGAAUAAAAAAAGAGUUUUCGAGACUGAAGUCGUACACGCCACAUAUACGUAUGUUUGUCUAGGCAUAACAUUAAACUAUGAAUACAACUUCAAUAACGACGGCUUACUUAAUGGCAGAUUAUGGAACAUGUAGAAAAGCAACCCGUCACUCCUCACAAGUCUUGAAAACGGAAUUGCUCGAGAUGCUCCUUGGCAACAUUUUGUAGAAUUUGGGUGUUUUACGUUUAGAGUGUAAGUUACAGACGACAAGCCGGUAUCGAUAGGGGUUCAAUGUGAUCUGUAUGCUUUAUUACAUAUCCAAGUUCAUCAGUGGGUCUAUAGCAGUGGUCUAGUAAUACCAACACGGGUACAGAUGUGAUGUGGGACUAAGGGUGACAAGUAACAAUAACUGCAGUCUACUAUAUCAUUUAGUGUUGCAUAGAAUAUGGUUUGUAACGUGUCUUGCACGGGAUCAUUAAUUGCUCCACCUUGUAUUGUGCUGUAAUAAAGAAAUUAAAAUAAAAACAAGUAGACAUGACUUCAA